GACCGAGUCUGUAGUACAGUCUGUGUACACUUGUGCCACUCCUCCCCCCUUCGUCUUCUUCGCUCCCUCCCCCGCAAUUUGCACAUUAAAAAUUCAAUCUUUUUCUUCACCAUUCUUAACUUUAGACGAUAAAUUUAAACUACAGGACAAAAUAUUGAGAUCGUGUGCAUGUCAAUUGAUUGUUCGACGGCCAAAUUCUACGGCGGAGAGAGAGAAAUUGAGUUUUGGAAUCCCUUACAAUGGCCGCAAUUUCGGAAAAAACGACGCCUUUGAUGGCUUCUGCGGAUGAUCCUGAUGGUAAACCUAUGGCGGAAGUGAUCAAUUCUGAACUUGAUCAUUCAACAUUGUCUACCAAAGGCACCCAUAUUAUGUCAAAAGCUUGGACCACCCACCCUCUGGACCCUCUAUCUGCAGCUGAAAUCUCAGUUGCAGUAGCAACUGUGAGGGCAGCCGGUAAAACACCCGAGGUUAGAGACGGAAUGCGGUUUAUUGAAGUGGCUUUGGUUGAACCAGAAAAACACAUUGUUGCAUUAGCUGAUGCUUAUUUCUUCCCUCCUUUCCUUCCAUCAUUAAUUCCAAGAACGAAACGUGGACCUUUAAUUCCUAGUAAGCUGCCUUCAAGAAGGGCUAGACUCAUUGUGUACAACAAAAAAACAAACGAGACAGGUGUAUGGAUUGUAGAGCUGUCAGGAGUACAUGCAGUGACUCGAGGCGGUCAUCAUAGGGGAAAAGUUGUCUCAUCAAAUGUUAUCCCGGAGGUGCAACCUGCAAUGGAUGCUGCAGAGUAUGCAGAAUGCGAAGCUGUAGUGAAAGACUAUCCUCCUUUCAUUGAAGCAAUGAGGAAGAGGGGAGUUGAGAAUAUGGAUCUAGUGAUGGUAGAUCCUUGGUGUGUUGGAUAUCACAGUGAAGCAGAUUUACCAAGUAGGAGACUUGCGAAACCACUUAUAUUUUGUAGAACGGAGAGUGAAUGCCCGAUGGAGAAUGGCUAUGCACGACCUGUUGAGGGCAUUCAUGUUCUUGUUGAUUUGCAAAACAUGGUAAUUCUUGAGUUUGAGGAUCGCAAAUUUGUCCCCCUCCCAUCUGCAGAUCCUUUGAGAAACUACACGUCGGGUGAGACUAGAGGUGGAAAUGAUCGUAGUGACGUGAAGCCCCUCCAUAUACUUCAGCCCGAAGGCCCAAGCUUUCGUGUUGAUGGGUACUUUGUUCGGUGGCAGAAGUGGAAUUUCCGUGUAGGUUUUACUCCUAGAGAAGGCUUGGUUUUAUAUUCUGUGGCAUAUUUAGAUGGUAGUCGAGGUCGGAGGUCUGUAGCUCAUAGACUGAGUUUUGUUGAGAUGGUUGUCCCGUAUGGGGACCCACACGAGCCACAUUACAGAAAAAAUGCAUUUGAUGCUGGUGAAGAUGGCCUUGGAAAAAAUGCUCAUUCUCUUAAGAAGGGAUGCGAUUGCCUAGGCUUUAUUAAAUACUUUGAUGCUCACUUCACAACUUUCACUGGGGAGGUAGAGACAAUCGAAAAUUGUGUUUGUCUACAUGAAGAAGAUCAUGGGAUUUUAUGGAAGCAUCAAGAUUGGAGAACUGGUUUAGCAGAAGUUAGGAGAUCCAGAAGGCUCACUGUUUCUUUUAUUUGUACAGUUGCUAAUUAUGAGUAUGGGUUCUAUUGGCACUUUUAUCAGGAUGGAAAAAUCGAAGCAGAAGUUAAACUCACCGGAAUUCUCAGCUUAGGUGCCAUUUCACCAGGAGAGUCCCGAAAGUAUGGUACAGUUAUUGCCCCUGGAUUGUAUGCACCUGUCCACCAACACUUCUUUGUCGCUCGUAUGGACAUGGCAGUUGAUUGCAAGCCUGGGGAGGCACUUAAUCAGGUUGUUGAGGUGAAUGUCAAAGUUGAAGAUCCAGGUCAGCAUAAUGUCCAUGAUAAUGCUUUCUAUGCUGAGGAGAGUAUUCUGAGAUCUGAAUUAGAAGCAAUGCGUGAUUGCAAUCCUUUAUCUGCUCGGCAUUGGAUUGUGAGAAAUACUAGGACUGUUAAUAGAACAGGAGAGCUGACAGGAUACAAGCUGGUACCUGGUUCGAAUUGUUUGCCCCUGGCUGGUUCCGAUGCUAAAUUUUUGAGAAGAGCUGCUUUCUUGAAGCAUAAUCUUUGGGUUACAGAAUAUGCUUCUGAUGAAAUGUUUCCUGGAGGAGAGUUUCCAAAUCAGAAUCCACGAGUUGGUGAAGGAUUGGCCACUUGGGUUAAGAAGAACCGGUCUCUGUCUGAAAGUGACGUAGUGCUUUGGUACGUUUUUGGACUCACGCAUGUCCCUCGCUCAGAAGACUGGCCUGUAAUGCCAGUGGAGCACAUAGGUUUUAUGCUUAUGCCUCAUGGAUUCUUCAACUGUUCUCCCGCCGUAGACGUUCCUCCCAGUUCUUGUGAACCAGCAGGCAAGCCAAAUGAUGUCAAAGAUUAUGGUGUGACAAAACCGAGUUCUCCCGGAUUUAUGGCCAAGUUGUGAUGAUGCACUUGGCUUGCUGUUAAAGUGUUAAUGUUGAUGUAUAUAUAUGGUUGGUUCAAAUGUUAUUUGUGGAUAAAAUCAGCUAUACCAGUAGUUUUUGCUCAUUGUUCCAGGGAAUGUUUGUCACAUGAACAAAUAGAUGUUGUAGUAAUCGGUAAAUAUUCUUAAUCUAUCUUAUCUAUGUGACUUAUCUCCUCCAAA